GAGUGAGUGAGAGUGAGUGGGAGGGAGGGCGGCAGUCAGAAAACAAGCAAACUAAUUCUCACCGAAGAGCAGACAGUCGUGCCAGAGCAGGAGCUGCUGCGGUUAGUUCACCUCUUCUGACGCUCUUUUGCACACCAACACAGAAACAUUAUUGAGGUGUUUUGUUUUUUUAUCCUUCCUCCUCGAGUCCAGAUCUACCAAGUAGGACCAGACUUUCCAUUUUUGGAUAGGAAGGGGCUGCAAACACACACACGCAGCCACACUUCUCCAAGCAGCGACAACUCAAGGUGAAUGCCGUCAUGCCAUUUGGGUGCCUUGCCCUGCGAGAUGGGCGGAAUUACGAUAGCAUGUCUGAUGUCACGGACAAAUAUGAGAUUGGACAGGUCCUCCGAGCGAAGGAGUUUUGCGAGCUGUGCCUGGCUAAGGACAGACAGACAGACAAGGUGUUCGUCUGCAAGAAGUUCCUCAAGAAAGACGGAAGGAAAGUCCGCAAGGCUGCCAAGAACGAAAUCAUGAUCCUGAAAUUGGUCAACCAUCCAAACAUCCUUCAGCUGAUAGACACAUUCGAGACCCGGAAAGAAUACCUCAUCAUCCAGGAACUUGCCACAGGAGGAGAUGUAUUCGACUGGAUUCUGGACCAAGGGAAUUACACAGAGAGAGACGCAUCCAAUGUCAUCAGACAGGUCUUGGAGGCUGUGGCGUACUUACACUCCCUCAACAUAGUUCACAGGAACCUGAAGCUGGAAAACCUGAUGUACUACACAGAAAACAACCACAACAAAGUAGUUCUGCGAGAUUUCUACCUGUCCAGGUUUGAGAACGGCCCCAUCACGGAGCCCUGUGGAACACCAGAGUACCUGGCUCCUGAAGUGGUGGCUCGUCACCGAUAUGGUCGUCCUGUGGACUGCUGGGCUGUGGGUGUCAUUAUGUUCAUACUCUUAUCAGGUAACCCUCCUUUUUAUGAUGAGACAGAGGAGGAGAACACAGAUCUACAUAAUCGCAUCAUCUUCUGUCGCAUUGUUGCCGGUGACUUUGAGUUUGAUUCUCCAUACUGGGAUGACAUUUCACCUGCAGCUAAGGAGCUCGUCUGUCGACUCAUGGAGGUGGACCAGAUGCUGAGAAUCACUGCGCAGGAUGCACUUUGGCAUGAAUGGAUUGCGGGGAAUGGUGCAUCAGAGAAGAACCUAAAGGAUGGCGUGUGUGCCCAGUUUGAGAAGAACUUUGCAAAGGCCAAGUGGCGGAAAGCGAUCCGUGUCACCACCUUCAUGCAACGAUUGAAGAAUUCAGAGGCACUGAUUGACAGUUCAGCCGAGGCUCAGGGGAGUGAGGAGGCAGGUGAUGGUGAAGGCGGUGUGUCCCAGGGGACAAGUGAUGAGGGAGACAAAGGGACAAGUGAUGGAGGGGUGACGUCGAGCAGUGUGUCUUUAGAAGUUACUGUUGAAAGUACACCGGUGGGUAUGGACCAGGAUGAGGGGAGGAGUAAGGUCGGAGAAAAACAGGAUGAGGUAAAGAUGAGUGUAGGCCCAUCAGACGGAACUUCUCCGUCAGAUAUCCAGGAGACACUCUGUCAGCAAAGCCAACCAAAUGCAGUCCCCAAACUCGCACAGGAGGAACCCGAUAAGGUCGGUGCGAAGAAAGCAGCAGGUGAUGGAACCAGGAAAAUAGCUGCCAAUUUGGGUCAAAAUAAGGUUGUUCCAGAAGCCAAACCGUCACCCGCGAUGACGCCUGACCCCUCCAAGCUGUCGGACGGUUCUACAGGCACUGGCCUUGACAAAAAACACGCAUCCCCUGAUCCCAGCGGCAAACGUAAGAUGGCUGCGACGCUCCACGGCCCUCCAUCCACAGCCUCACCAGAGAAGAGGCCAGCCGGGCAGAGGGAUGACACUGACGGAAGCUGGUGUCAGACACAAAUACCUGAGGCAGUGGCAGAGAGGUCAGUGGCGGUCACUCCAGCAAUCGGGCCUGGAGCUGUGGCGGAUGCAGGACUAGGAGUUAGGUUAAGGGGUGAUGCUAGCCCCGUGGGUAGAAGGGAUGGUGAUGCCAGGACAGCAGACAGAUACAGCGCUGAGUUUAGCAUAGCGAGGCCAGGUCCUGUGACAGGACAGGGUUGUUAUGCAGUAGGCAGCUCUGCUAGUUUGGGCCGUCACUCCGCACCGUACAACCCAGAAGUUGGGACAGUAGGGAUGGGGAUGGCAGGGAGCUAUGGAAGUCCAUACAGCUCCCUGUACACAAGUGGAGGAGGGAUGUACGGGACUGGGUUACCACAUGCAGCAGGCGGGAGCAGCGCCACAAGCGACUGGCAAAUGGACAGUGUGAUCGAGCAGAUAGAAAAGCAAAUGGCCGCCGUGCUGGAGAAGAUUGAGGGAGACAUGCCCUCGCUGCUGGAGCAAAUCAGUGACUGCCCCGCUGAGCCAGCACGUGCCAGGAGCACGCAUGCCUCGCCUGCCACCUCCCGCGCACGCUCUUCGCAGCACCCCACGACUGCAACCUCGGCCACUCCUCCGCCUCUUCCAACCUCUCCCAGGCCCGCACUGCCAUCUCUCCCUCGACUUACCAUCCCUCCUCCUUCUUAUCCUCCACCUUCCCCACCCACACAAUCCUCACCCCAGGCUGCACGAGAGCAGGAAGAUACGGAUGGACAGAGGGAUGCUGCUCGUUCCAGCCAGUCCCCCAGAGCUGGGAUGGGUAGGGGGCUAUGAAGCAGGUGUCCAUGAUGCAAAUACACAACACCUGGAACACUGGAUAUAUAGUUUAAUUUUGAAGGUUUAAAGACUUCUGUCUCACCCAGAAGUAUCAUCCACUUACUCCCAGAAGAACGGUAACCAUGCAAUGUUGUUUGGUUGGGCUGUGUUCAUAUUGAGAAUACUGGUUAGAGAGAAAACUCCCUAUGGCAUUCAAAUACUCUAAUGACUGGGGGAGUAGUGCAGGCAUACUGUAUCUCUCUGUGUGACAGCUGCAAAGAGAAAGAGCUCAAAAGUUUGUUUGCAUCUCAAAUCCAGAUUGUGCGCAUGAAUGCUUACCACACAACCUCCUCGUACUGGAAUCCAAGCACUCAGCGCAGUUUGCAAAUUAUGAAUCUACACAAGUAAAAAACGCUUGGCAAAAAAUCUCAGCUAAUAGUGAGAGUUAACAGUGAGGAAGUGAUUUGCAUUAUUCCCCACAAACUGUAAAUACAUACAAAGAACUGGGUUCCUAAUUCUUGCUCUACUACCAUUUGUAAACUUCCUCAUAACCAGACUGACAUUUACUUUUAUUUUUUUUUCAAAUCAGUUCACCCAAUUUCAUUAUUUCCAUCCCAUUACUUUUUAUUUAUGUAGCUAUAUAGUGAGGCUGCAAAAUCCAAAGCUUGCAGUCAAGGAGUUGUACAGAUGUGAAACGGAACUGAUCAAGCCUUUCCAUCGGCUGCUGGAGAUUGAGAUUUGUUUUAUUAUAUAGAGUGUAUUUAAACUUGAACUGUCACUCAAAGUCUUGUGAGUUGCUCCACACUUGGAAAGCUGUGGAAAAGUUUAAAGAUGCAAGAUAUUGUGUAAAGGCUUUGGAAUAACACACACACACACACACACACACACACAAACAAACAUUUCCUCUUCGUUUUUCAAAGUUCUCCAAAAGUUUUGCCCAGAAAGUUUGUUUUAAUUUUUCUCCUGUUUUGUCGACACAUUCAUUUGGUAUAGCUGCUGUUCAUUGGACGGUACUGUCUAUAUUUGCUCCUUUUUAUCAUGUAAAAAAAAGUCUUUCUGAAGAUCGUUCUGCUUUUGGAUCUAUGUAACACCAGGUUCUGUGCUUUUCUCCUGAACAAGUCUAGACAUCCACUAUUCUGUCCCUAUGUAAACUGUGCUCUGUUUGCAAGUCUUUCAAUAAAAGUAAAAAAAAAAAAAAAAA